CAGGGAACCACGGACCCGCCGAAGACCUCCCGACAGCUUGGGGCCGCCCCCACCGCCUCCAUGGGCGCUGAGCACCAAGCCCGCGCCUGCCUGGCCAGCUGCGGCCCCGCCACGCCGCCCGCCCUGCGAGAACUGCUGCGCAUGCUCCAACGAUUUGCCGGAGCCUCUGGCCGGCGGUGCCAGGAGCAAAGUCUGGCAGAGGCUGGCAGGCUCUUGCCUGCCCUGAGCCAGGCCUGGGCUGAGCUGGGUGCCCCUGAGGCCCAACCCUUCCUGCGCUGCCUCCUGAGCUGCCAGCUGGAGGCCAUGGGCAGCCUGGGGGCCUUCCGCAAGCUGGAGAAGAUUUUGGCUACGUUGACUGCAGGGAGAGAGAGCGUGGCAUGUGAGGAAGUGGCCAGGCUGCUGGACAGCUUGACCCAAGGCCAGCAGGCCCUGGCUUUGGGAGAUCUUCGCACAGUGUGUCUAUUCCUGGAGGAGAGCAGUCUGGCCAGAGAACACUGGAGACGCACCUUGGAUCCCCUGCUGGGCAGUGCUGCCUCCACGCUGGCCUCCGUGUUACAGGACCCUGCCACAGGAUCUGCAGAGCGGGCAUGCCAUGCAGUGAAGCUGGCCCUCCAGCUUUUCCAAGCCAUGCCAGAGGAAGUGGGCAUCCUGGUCUGGAGUCCAGCAGGCAGUAUGGAGCCCCUGGCAAGCAUCCUUCAAUCUCUGGUGCAAGUGAUCAUGGGAAAGGUGGCCCACAAGGAUGCCCGCCUUCUGGCUGGCACGGCCCUGGGCAUGCUGGUGAACACCGCCCCCACACUAGAGGCAGGAGCCAGGGCUGUGUCUGAGCUGCUGGGACUGCUCAGCCCAGACCCCGGGGAUCGGAAGCUUGGGGGGCUCCAAGUGGCUGUGCCCCGCAUGAGCCCUGAUGGGCUGGAGUACCUGGUGCUGAGCCGAGGCCUUCUGACCUCCUGUAGGAGGGAGAUCCUGACCUUCAGGCCUCCAGGUGGGGAGGCCUGCCUGCUGCUUGGACACCUGAUGCCCCCCGUUGGCCCAGGCUGGAGCAAGAAGAACAUGGACUACCGGGCCUCCCUCCUGCAGGCUUUCUCCCUGUGGCUGCGGCGGGUACAUGAAAGUGCCCCAGGCAUCUGGACGGGGCGACUCCUGAGCGGGGCCUCCCUGGGGGCCCAGCAGCUGAUUCAGUUCAUCUGGAGCAACACCAAGAGCCCGCUGGAAGGCCUGUCUGAGGCCACCCUGCGCUCCUUCAGCCUCUUCCUGGAGCUCUAUGGGAAGGAAUGUGAUCACCUCGGGGAUGAUGCAGAGCGGCCCCUCUAUGAUGAGCUCCUAGAGAGGGUCCGGGCUCUUCCCUGGCCAACCAAGGCCCGCUACCCAGCCCUCUGUGCCCUGCUGCCCUUCCUGGGCUCUGAAAGGGUCCUGACUGCGCUCCCCGCGCUUCCAAAGCACCUCUUGCUCUGCCUCUCCACCAAUCCCCUGAGCCCCCCAGCAGCAGACACAUACCGCUGCUUCCUCCGGGCCCAGCGGGGAGAAUGGGCCAUUGCAGAAGCUGGGGCCAGCGAGGCGGCUCUGGCUGAGCAGUGGGCCCAGCACUGGCUGCCUGCUGUGGCUGAGGCUCUCCAGUCCCCAGUGGCAGCCCUACAGGGCCGGGCGGCCAGCUCGCUGCUCCCUCACACCCUCCAGCUCUUCCCAGCCUCAGCCAGACUCCUGGAGAAGGCGUUUGCAGGCCCAGGGCUGGCCUGCCUGCGGGGGUGGGCAGCCCUGCAGAAGACUCAAAAAGAACUGGGCCAGGGUCACCCAGCAGCCAGCCAGAGCCCAGCUCGCCUUGCCUCGUGCCUGGCAUGUGGGGACGAGGCUGUGCGCCUGGCAGGGGCCGGCCUAUUGUGUGGGGGGCCUGGCUCUGCCCAGGCCCCUGGCCCGAAGGAGCUGGCUACCUUCCAGGACUUCCUGGGGCAGAACCUCAGUGGCAAUUCAGCAUCAUUCCGGCAGCUGCUGCAGGCAACUGUGAGCAGGCUCCUGGGCCGACUUCGGGACAGUGCCCUGGCUGUGCUCCGUAGCCAAGGGGCAGCAGGGUCAGGCCCACCCCCAGAGUCUCUGCUGCUCACUGGAGACUUUGUAGAGUGGCUGCUCCAGCUCACUGUCUCCCAGCUGGGCCCAGCCUCAGGCUUCCAGCGCCGAAGGACUGCCCUGCUCCUGCUCACAUCCCUGCUGGCAACGUGCACGGACAGCUGGAGCCCUGAGAGGAAGAAGGGGCAGCCUCCCCCCAACAUGGCGGCUUUGCUGAGCUGGGCCAAGCGGAGUGGCCGCUGGGACUUCACUUCAAGGGCCACCUUACUGGCCUUGUUCAGUUGUCUUCAGGACAGCACCAGUGAGAUCCGGGAGCCAGCUGCCAGCCUUCUGCAUCUCUACUUCCCCCCUACUCUGCCCACAGACCUGGCUGGAGCCCUGCUGGAGCGGGCAUGCCAGGCCCUGAGCAGUGCCCGUGGGCAGGAGGUGGAAGCCGGGGCCCUCAUGAUGCAGACUUUGCUGCAGAAAGCAAACAGCGACACCCUCCAGAACAUAGUCCCCAGGCCCAAGGAGGAGGGCCCAACCCUGGGCUGCCCCAGCCUCAUUGUCAUCUCCUACCUUCUCCGACUGCUGCAAGAGCGUCACGCCGCUGCCCAGCAAGAUCUGCUUCAGGCUGCCUGUGUCCAGCCGCUCCAUGGACCUCUGUGUGCUCUGCGUCGAUGCCUCCUGGAGGCCCCCAGCACAGGACGGUCCAUGCAGCAGGUGUCUAUGCAGGGGUCCUGGCAGGAGCUGCUCAUGGCUAUGGUGACAAUGCUGGCCGAGGUGGCCUCCUUCCUCUUGGCCGUACUUCAGGGCUCUGGAGAAGACUUGCAGCCAGCUGCUGCACCAUCCCUGGCCGACAUGGGUGUGGCCAUCAAUGCUGCUGUGUGGCAAGGCAGAGCCAGGGGCCUGGGGUCUGAGGAGGAGGAGGAGGGAGAGCCCCCACUCCUGCUGUCUGAGGAGCAGGGAUGCAUUCUUACCUGCUGCUGGAUCUCUGCAAAGGAGAUUGGCCUGCUUCUGGGAGGCCUGGCAGAGAAGGUCCUGCUGCUGGCCCCGCCGGCUGCUGGCUUGAAGCCAAUGCUUCUGUCCAUGGAGGGCCUGCAGACCACUGUGGCCACCCUUCAGGGGCUGCUGCUCAGAUGCCGCCAUUGGGGAGCUCUGGAGGGCUGUGCUUCUGGCCUCACCAUGGUCUGCAGGGCAUUGCUGAGCCAGCCUGAUCCGGAGCUGCAGGAACUGCCCCAGAAGCUGCUGGCCCAGGGCUUGGAAUUGCUGAGGGGUCCACGGAACAGCUCCGUGACACGCCGGGCGGCGGGUUUUCCCCUCUUCAUCCAGUGCAUCGUGGCGGGUGAGCCACCAACCGGUACCCGACCCCUGUUGACGUGCUGUGUGGGGACAUUGCUUGAGCUGGCCAAUAGGCCCCUGCCUCGGGUCUGGGACCAGACGCUGGACCUGCCACAGGUCUCUGCUCUGCAUGUGCUCCAAGCACUGGUGCGGGGGGCUGGCCUAGGAGCCCCGAUGCUGGAGUGGGCUGGUCCACUCCUCGAGCUGUGUUUGGGGGCACUGGGCUCCCCUUGCUGGGCCAUGAGGAAUGCUGGCACCCAGCUCUUUGGUGCCCUCAUGGGCCGGCUGCUGGGGCAGAGCCUGAGCCGGGAGGACAGUGGCUCCCACAAAGGCCUGAGCCCAGAUGCUUUCUUCACCCUGUACCCUCCACUGGAAGCUGUUCUUCUGGCCCCGCUGCUCUCUUCUCUGGGCUCCACGGGGGAGAGCCACCUGUGCCCUGCCCUCCACGCUGUCCUCACCCUCCUGGCCAAACUCCAGCCUGGCACAGAGCAUCUGAGCAGCUCCGCGGCCCACUUCCAGGAGCGGUUACUUCAUCUCUCAGCGAGUCCAGUCUAUGCCACACGGGCAAUGGCUGCCCAGGCCCUGGUGCCUUUUGUGCCUCUGGUGGAAUUGGAGGAUGUCCUGCUGCACUUGCUGCAGGGACUAGCAGAACCCGGCCCCCACAACACACUUCAUGGGCGGCUGCUGCAGGCCUGUGCACUUCUGGCCCAGGAGAGUGCCUGCCAGGCCUUCCAGGGCCUGCAGGCUAUUGUGCAUCAGGCAGAGGCUGCAUUUUGGCUGCUCACGCCCGCCCAGCGCUGCCCACUGAUCCGCUCAGCCUACUUGCGGCUCCUCUCCCUGCUGACUGAUGGCUGCAGCAAGGACUUCCUGAGGCAGGUUGAGGACGCUGUGGCCCCAGAGCUGGGCCCCUCUGGGCCAGACGCUCAGGUGGGCGCCAGUGUACUGCGACAGGAGAGUGCCAGGUUCCUCUGCAGGCAGGUGGGGAGACUGGCCGAUCCCAGCCGGACCCGGGCCCUGGGCUCCCUGCUGCGAGGGUCGGACCCAGAGGUGCGCCAGGCCAUCCUGGCCUGGGUGCUGGAAGAAGGAGGCCACUGUGAGCCCGUGGCCAGCGUUCUUCGGGCCCUGCUGCUGGAGACCCUGUGGCCGGUGCUGCAGGAAGGAGGCAGCCCAGAAGGCCUGAAGCUCCACCUGGAGGCUUUGGUGCACCUGCAUGAGGACCCCUCUGCCCACACUGACCAGCUCUCACCAGCCCCACCCCCGGCCUGCCUGGAUCGACUGCUGUCCCUGGUGGAGAUGGCUGGUGCCAGCUCCAUCCUUCUGGGCAGGGCACUGUGUGUCCUCAGCUUGCUUCUGGCCCUGGGGCCCGAGGACCUCCCUGCCCUGGGCCGCUGGAGCCUGGUUGUCGAAUGUUGGAGUGAGCCCCGCACCUGUGAGGAGCUGAGACUGGCGGCAGCGCAAUCUCUCCGCCUGGCUGGGGUCCGGGUGGUAGUCAGAGCCUGGGCAGGUUCUGGGCCCUCCCUGGCAGCCCUGGCUCUCCGGCUUCUGAACGCUGGCAUUUUCCUGCUGCAGGAUGAGGACCGGACAGUGAGGCUGGAAGCAUCCAUGUUUGCUAGUCUGCUGGCCCAACAGAUGGGAGGCCAGCCCUGGGAGGCUGGCACGAUGCUGCAGGCCAACCAGGGGCUGCUCCUUCUGCUGCAGGUCAUUGGGACACACUUUGGGGCCUGUGAGGACACCUGGCCACUUCUGAUGCUCCAUCUCCCCCAGUGUGAUCUGGAGGGCCUCUUGGAGGAGGUGGGCACUAACCGGCCCCCCAGCCUCUAUGAAGAGGAUGGAGCCAACUUCUUUGCAGAGCCAGCUGUGUUUGCUCAGGUCCUGCUCCCCUUCCUGCUCCAGCUGCUGGACAGAGCUGAGGACGGAGCGCCUCUCAGGGCCCAGGCCCAGCAGUGGGCAGCCUCUCGGGCCCCCGCAGUCCUCCGAAGCCUCCAGCACUGCUGCCUCUGGUGGAGCCAAGAUAAUGCUGGCGCUCUGUUCCUGAAGGCCCUGGGCUGCCCCAAGGUUCACACAGCCCUCACUGUGCUGCUGGUAGAGGCUGAGCUCUUGGUCCAGGUCCUGGAGGCCCUGCAGGCCAGUUGGGCAAUGGUGCCUGGAGCCAAUUGCUCUUCCCAGGAGCUGAGACAAGCCUGGGGGAGGGCUCGGGCUUUGCUCACCCAGCACGGCAUGGCUCCCCAGAUGAAGGACAGCCAGAGACCAGGGCCGGACAAGAGGCCACACACGCUUAUCGAUGGCACCAGGUGAUUGCUCGCCAAAGAGCAGAGGGGCUGCUGUGCAUUCUUGGUGGCCUGAGGGAGCCCCAGGCACGGGACAGUAUGUGACAGACAGAGCCCCCCAGGGACCUCUCUGUGGCACCCCCCCACAUUGGGGGCCCCCACCUGCUUUGAUGUCCAUCCCCCUCUGUGGCUACCCAGGACAGUCUGACCAGGCCAGGAGGCAGAGCAGCCUGUAGGUCACAGAGUGUUAGCCCUGGAAGGGACCUUGGAAGGGAGUGGAUACAACCCUCUCGUUCUACAGAGGGGGAAACUAAUACCCUGGCAGGGAGGGGAAGAGGCUGGUCCGAAGAUCAUGCCAUGAGUGACUGAGCUCCAUCAUUAAUGGUGAUCAGUCAAUCAGUAAUCAGUAAACAUUUAUUAAGCACCUGCUGUGUGCUCCUAGCUGAUAUGAUGAUAUCUCAAGGGCUGGGAAGGGCUCACCUCACAAGCGCCUUGGGACGUCUGUCAGUAGGGAAGCUGAGGCUCAGGUGGGUGUAGCCAUUUGUCCUCGAUCAGACAGGUUGUCUGUGUUGGAGUCAGGAUGUGCAUCUGGCUGAAAAUCCAGCACCCUCUCCCUCACCUCCUGUGCUGUCCAGUCUUUGUUUCCUCAUCCAGAAAAUGGGGAUUAUCUUGAGGGUCCCUCCUGGCCCUGACACUCCAGGUCCUGAGGCCUCUUGAGGCUCCUACGGGCCUUCAUUGGAUGAUUGAUCUCUAAGCACCCUUCCAGGUUCAUCAUUGGGUGAUCCUGGCCAGGUGAGGCAAGGGCAUGCAUGACUCGGUCUUCCUGCGGAGACCCCAGGGUUCAGAUGGAAGCUGCUCUCCACGGUCCCUCUCCCUCCCCCAAAUCUGACUUGUACGGUAAAGAAACGGAAACAAAGCAUUUAUAGAAAAAUCCAUUUUAUAAUACGGUAAUUGUGUAGUCAUUCUUCAGUCUACACCUGGAUCCUUUCCAUCCGAAGUGAUCUGAUUUCUUGGGGCCCAGGCAGGUGGUGCUGGGUGAGAGAUAUGUCAACAAGCACGUGUCAGGUGUCUACUGUGUGGCAGGGGCUGGAGGGAGCCAAUCCCUGUUUGGUUAUCGGCUAAUGAGAGAGACAGUAAGAACAUAGAAAUACAGGCAAUAUAAACACAAGAAAAUACAAAGUGGUUUA